CGCCCACCGCUGGAGCCAUUGUUUCCGGCUCAGCCCGGGAACUGCCGGAGCGUUUCUGUUCUGUGGUUUUCUGGCCCGCCUACUUUUCCAACGCUCCUCCCGCUGUCUCGGUCGCUGGGGAAGGUAGUUGCCAGUAAAGUUUUCCGAUUUCAAGGUCGCGCAGAUCGGGCAGGGCCGCCUUCCGUCCUCUCGGUCGUUGCCCGAAGCCGCGGUCGGCUACAGGCGACGAGUUUCAGGGCGUCAUGGCCAGGGGCCACCGCGGCCGGCCGAGUGUGAGGCCGCCUUUCGCUGCCCGCACGCUCCCGUGGCCUCUGGGUCCGCCGGCGCCCGUCUCGGCCUGAGCGCAGCCCCUCCGCGCCCGUGGGCCGCCUCGCGCCUGACCUCAUGGCCUCCGAGGCGCCGUCUCCACCGCCGUCGCCUUCGUUGUCGCUGUCGCCGCCCACCUCCCCCGAGCCUGAGCUAGCCCAACUGAGGCGGAAGGUGGAGAAGUUGGAACGCGAACUGCGGAGCUGCAAGCGGCAGGUGCGGGAGAUCGAGAAGCUGCUGCAUCACACAGAGCGGCUGUACCAGAGCGCCGAAAGCAACAACCAGGAGCUCCGCACGCAGGUGGAAGAACUCAGUAAAAUACUCCAUUGUGGGAGAAAUGAAGAUAAUAAAAAGUCUGAUGUAGAAGUACAAACAGAGAACCACACUCCUUGGUCAACGUCAGAUUAUUAUUAUCAGACCUACUAUAAUGAUGUUAGUCUUCCAAAUAAAGUGACUGAACUUUCAGAUCGGCAAGAUCAAGAUACUGAAGCUCCUACUUUUAAUUCUAAAGACCAGUUACAAAUAGAAAAUGAUACAUACACUGGUACUGAUGGAACAGAAAAUGUUCAAUACAGACAAGACCAUUUUGCCUCAAAUUCCCAGGAGCCAGUGUCUGCAUUAGCAACAGAAGAUACAUCUCUAGAAGGUUCAUCAUUAGCUGAAAGUUUGAGAGCUGCAGCAGAAGCUGCUGUGUCACAGACUGGAUUUAGUUAUGAUGAAAAUACUGGACUGUAUUUUGACCACAGCACUGGUUUCUAUUAUGAUUCUGAAAAUCAACUAUAUUAUGAUCCUUCCACUGGAAUUUACUACUACUGUGAUGUGGAAAGUGGUAGAUAUCAAUUUCAUUCUCGAGUAGAUUUGCAACCUUAUCAGACUUCUAGCACAAAACAAAGUAAAGAUAAAAAAUUGAAGAAGAAAAGAAAGGAUCCAGAUUCUUCUACAACAAAUGAGGAAAAGGAUUUGAAUUCAGAAGAUCAAAAAGUCUCCAGUGUUGAACAUAUAAGCUGCAAUGAGGGAGAAAUUUUUCCAAAGGUGAAAAAGAAGGCCAAAAUAGACAGUCAUUACAAAAAUAGUCCUGCAGAAUUCACUAUUCCAGUUAGUGGAAACACUGCAGAAUCUCCUCUUAAUGAAAGCAUCUCUAAUUCAGCUUCACUUAAAGAUGAAGAAAUCACAGAGACUGAUAGUGAGCCAGAAGAAGGUGAAAUUACAGACUCUCAGACCGAAGAUAGUUACGACGAAGACAUUACCAGUGAAGACCAUGUGACUGCUGAAGAUACUGAGGAUGAAGAUGAAGAAAAAAUUUGGCCCCCAUGUAUUAGAGUAAUUGUUAUUAGAUCACCAGUAUUGGAGACAGGAUCACUUUUUAUCAUUACUGCUGUAAACCCUGCUACAAUUGGAAGAGAAAAAGAUAUGGAGCAUACUCUCCGAAUCCCUGAAGUUGGUGUCAGUAAGUUUCAUGCAGAAAUUUAUUUUGACCAUGAUUUACAAAGUUAUGUCCUUGUGGAUCAAGGCAGUCAAAAUGGCACAAUUGUUAAUGGAAAACAGAUUCUUCAGCCAAAAACUAAAUGUGAUCCUUAUGUACUUGAGCAUGGAGAUGAAGUGAAAAUUGGAGAAACCGUGUUAUCCUUUCACAUUCACCCUGGCAGUGAUACCUGUGAUGGCUGUGAACCAGGGCAGGUUAGAGCUCACCUUCGCCUGGAUAAGAAAGAUGAAUCUUUUGUUGGUCCAACAUUAACUAAGGAGGAAAAAGAGUUGGAAAGAAGAAAAGAAUUAAAAAAAAUACGAGUAAAAUAUGGUUUACAGAAUAUAGACUAUGAAGAUGAAAAGGCGUUGAAGAAUCCAAAAUAUAAAGAUAGAGCUGGAAAACGUAGGGAGCAGAUUGGAAGUGAAGGAACUUUCCAAAGAGAUGAUGCUCCUGCGUCUGUUCAUUCUGAAAUUACUGAUAGCAACAAAGGUCGGAAGAUGUUGGAGAAGAUGGGUUGGAAAAAAGGAGAGGGACUGGGAAAGGAUGGUGGAGGAAUGAAAACUCCGAUCCAGCUUCAGCUUCGGCGAACGCAUGCAGGCUUGGGGAUAGGCAAACCAUCCUCAAUUGAAGAUGUUCAUCUUCUCCAAAGCAAGAGCAAAAAAAACUGGGACAAAGCACGAGAGAGGUUUGCUGAAAAAUUCCCAGAAACUAAACCUCAAAAAGAUGCAUCAGGGACCAUGCCUUGGGUAAAAGGGACUGUAGAAUGAUGGUUAAUCAUAGAACAGUAUUUAAUCUUUUUUGAAAAAGAGUUUGGAAACUCUUCUUUUAUUGCAGAACUUUUCUCCCCAAAAGAUUCAGUGGCACAAGGGAACUGUGUCACAGUUUACCCUCUCAUGAUUCAGAAAUAUGUAAUAAAGUGUGGUUUGCAGCUUUUAAAAACCAUUUUUUAAAACUAAAUAAUAGUGACUGAA